AAAAUAUUAUAAAUUGUCAAUGUGACGAAUUUUGUGAGCAAUUUUUUUCAAAAUGUUUAUAUAAAGAAAAAAAUGAGGGUGUGGCCUCAGUUUGUGGCUGCUUUCAGCAUAUGCAUGGGCGCAUGGAGCACCGGAACACUGAUCGCCUUCACGGCUAACAUUUUGAUAGACGGCCAGCUGGAGUACAACGAUGUCAGCUACGAUAAGACGGAGACCGCUCUUGUGGGAGGCAUGAUAUGCUGGGGUGCCAUGGUAAUAUGCGUUCCAGUGGGUUAUUUGCUGGGCAUAAUCGGACGAAAAAUAACGCUGCUCUUGACGAUUAUCCCCUUCGAAGCCGGAUGGGCUAUGAUGUUCUGGUCGAAUAGCACGGGACUGGGGUUGGCGUCCAGAUUCAUCCUGGGUAUGGCGGGAGGUGCGUUCAACGUUGGUGCCCCACUGUACGCCAUGGAAAUAGCGGAGCUAAAGCUCAGAGGAAUGUUCGGGACCUUCUUCCAGUUGUUCAUCACGAUUGGAAUACUGUACGGGCAAGUGAUGGGAUGGAUUUUCCACGACAAUCUGGGCGCUUACAUAAUCUCGCUGUGGGUGAUCCCAAACGUCUUCUUCAUCGCGUACAUUUUCCAACCCGAGUCCCCAGCGUUUCUAUUGAAGAAAGGCAAAACGGAGAAAUGCGCGAAGGUUUUGAAGUACUUUCGUGGCGACGAUUACGAUCCCAGCGCCGAGAUGAAGGAAAUUCAAACGCAAAUCGACUUGGAAAGGGACGCGAAGGGCAAGUGUGCGGAGACUUUAAAAACAAAAGCGGCCAAGAAGGCCGUGACGAUUACCUUCCUUAUGAUGUUUUUCCAGCAGUUGACCGGUAUUAACGCCGUCAUGUUCUACACCGGCACCAUUUUUGAGACGGCCAAGCUUCCGAUCUCCAAUUACUUGCAAGUGGUGAUGGUCGGCGUUAUUCAGGUGGUGUUCACCCUGAUUUCGUCGGUGACCAUAGACAGAGCAGGGAGAAAGGUACUGUUUUUGAUAUCGACCGUCUUGAUGGCGAUCGGUUUGCUGAGCAUCGGUAUCUUCUUUACCGUCCAGGACCGCAUAGAACCGGAAGAGAGCGUGAUACGCAUAAUGGCCUGGUUCCCCGUGAUCGGCGCCUGCAUCUACAUCAUAGGCUUCUCGUUGGGCAUGGGUCCCAUUCCAUGGAUGACGGCCGGGGAGAUCGUGCCGUCGGUGAUAAAGGCACCCAUCGCGGCCGCCGCCGGCUCCGUCAACUGGUUUUUCGCGUCCAUCGUCAGUUUCGGUUAUCCGAUUGUUGCAGGGGCGAUCGGUACUGAUACCACGUUUUAUAUAUUCGUCGUAGUUUGUAUCGCCUGCGUUUGUUUUGCGAUUUUCUUAAUGCCAGAAACGAGGAAUAAACCCUUGGAUCAAAUUCAAAGAGAACUGGCUGGCGAAGCCUAAUUUUAUACAUAUUUUAUAUUAUACAAUGGUUUUAAUAAAUUUACUUUGAA